AUGGCUGUCCCUCGCGACCGGGAGACUGGCCAUGCUUUCGACAGGCAAUCACUCGCACAUUGCAGAAGAUUUCUCCAGGUUCUUGAGCAACAGCCGGCUGGACAAGAUCAAAGAGUUGGUGGAUUCCUGUUCGUGACCCAUGCGGACAAGGGCUUUGUCAGGUCUGGAUUGGAUCGCGUGCGACGGCAGCCCCCCAUAUGCCACCUCCGAGCACCAGAGAGAGCUCGUCCCAACCAAAUGUUGUCCGAUGUGCUGCUGGAUGUCGUUGCCCCAGGUGAGGAGGAAGAUAUGUUCCGAAGGAUUCGCGAGGAAAGACAGUUCGAUACCUUGUGUGUGGUCCUAUCAUCCUCUCCGGAUGAGUCUUUGACUUUGACCGUGCCUGGCGACGUCGUCAGACACUGCGGGGCUGCGCGCCUCAGAAUUGUGGGCCAGGCACAGCCCCAGCAACUCAUCAGCAAUCCGCGGGUUUUCGCCGCGCCUGAGGUCGAUGUGCAGAUUGAGCAUGUGACCAGAAGCGAAGGCCCAUAUUUGCUCGCAUCCGUGCCGCCACUUUUAACAGGAAUUGCACAGGGCGUUGUGGUGAAAGCCACCGGCAACGGCCUCAUUUUCGGCGCCACCAGCUUGUGCACCGGCUCUGGCGUCUGUGCCGGACUCGCCGUGGGCACUCUGGGCCUCGUGAGUGGCGCGGGUGCUGUGGCUCUCGCUGCCACCCUGGUUUGGCAUGGAGCGGGGGCAUGGCUCUCUGAACUCCGAGAGAUCUGA